AUGGGGGGGAAGGAGAAGACAAACGCAAAGAUCAAAAAAGUGAAGAAAGAUCACCUCAAAGCUCCUGCUGCUUCAAGGAAAGCAGCCCAGACCGAAUCAGGAUCAAAGAGUCACAAGCCGAAAGACAAAGCGCAGAAGACCAGCCAAGGAAAGCAGGACACAAGGGCAAACCACCCUGUGUUUCGCAAGGCAGAAGCAAAGAAAGCAGAGAAACUGUUGAGAGAAGAGAAGUCUGCAGCAAGAACUGCUGCAGUGGGUGACAAGUCAGCCAAGAAGAACAAAGAGAGGAAGUCAGCACAGAGUGAAGCAAAGAAAGAGACCAGCAAGCAGGCAAAACCUCAGACAAAGCUUGUUGAACAACAGGAUGGGAAGAACACGAGCGUUGCAGCAGGGAAAAGAAAGGAGAAAGAAACGGAUGCUUCCAAAAAGAAGAAAGAAGGAAAGAAGGCUCCAAAGGAGGAUAAAUCAGGUAAGAAAGAAAAGGUUCCGAAGGAGGCAAAGCAGGCAGAGAACGAAGGUAAGGUGAAGAGAAGGGAACAGGCGGAGGAGAAAGACGAAGAUCAGAAGAAGGAGCCCAGGAAGAAGAGCAGACCAAACACAAGCAUGGAAGCCGAGAAGAAGAAAGAGGAAGAGAAGGUUGAGACAGUCCCACGAAAGUCGGCUUUGCGAAAGCCAGCUGCUUCAGAAGCGACCCCCACCGCUAGCAGCCCUGCAGCUUCUACCCAGGGACUUACCACCCCACCUGCUACCACUGGUUUCAGCCCACCAGUUGCAGCAGCUAGCUUCGAAGACUGGGAGAUGAUCGCUCGAAAAGAUGGCAAGACCUUGGAUGAGUUUAUGUCCGAGGUAUCCCAAGAGAAGUUGACGGAAAUUCUGGAAGCAAAAAUGAACCACCUUGUGAGUCAGCAAAAAGAGGAAACACAUGACUCAGCGGAGGAGGACGAGCCACAAGAGCGUGGUUUGGUUGCAGAGGAGGAAAGCCAAGAUGCCGAAGAAGACGAAGGAGGCGAAGAGGAGGAAGCUGAGCGAGACCAGGAGGUUUCAGAUUGCUGUGGCUCAUCAACAGAUACCAGCGACCUUGAGAGUGAAAGCGAGAAAGGUGACGAGGAUCAGUCGGACACAGAGUCCGCUUUGGGGACCAUGACUGAGGAGAAGGCAGAGCAGCUUGUUCAAGCAGCUUUUGGUGACCUUUUGGGGCCUGAAAGCGUAGCAAGUGACAGCAAGAAAGCAGAGGCAGCCAAGCAGGCGGCAAUAGAGAAUGCGCUGAAGAAGCAAGAAGAGCAGCGAGAAAAGGCAAGGGCAGACUUGGCCCAGGCUACAAGUACAUCGCACAAGCCCCAGUGGGACAAGUUCAGCAGACAGUGCUUGGGAUCGAAGUUCCCAGUGUCACUUGCGCAAAACUUUGUUCGAGACAAAACCGAUUUGUUUCGGGCCUGGCUGAUGAAUGAUGAGGAUUGGACAAAGACUGAAGUCCACUUUGAACGAAAGGCAGAGAGCAAACACACUAGCCGCAACGCGCGGGAAGGAAUGAAAGCACGGGAUAUCUACCUGAAGUACCCCAACAAAGACAAAGCGGAUGCCUUGAUCGACCGCCUCUACAAAGCUGGAAUGUACCAUUAUGAUCCUGAUUUCCCAUCUGACAAGGAGGAGAUAUACUACUACUGCAACCAUGGAAACAAGCUCAUCAACGAUGAGAUCACUUCGGACAGCACGGCUGUUAAAGGCAUUGACAAAGGCAACCAGGGCUUGGUUGAAGUUCUCACCGUCGAAGGAGGGCCCCUCGCUGCAGGGGCUUUGCCUGCCCCUAAGGCCGGCUCCCCGGAGGGUCAGAAGGCGCUGCUGGAGUCACUGGCAGGUGGGCUUCAGGCAGCGCCUAAAAAGAAAGCCAAGAAGGAAGGGACACAAGUCGAGGAAGCUGCGCCCAAGAGCUUUGUUGAGAUUUUGAAUGACAAAAUGGAAGAAUGUCUGAAGAAGGCAGCAGAAGGUCGCAAGUUUGGUGUGGCCUUAAGCUCCCUGAAGUACUCGGGGGAUCUCGCAAAGGAAAUGCUGGGCUUUUCUGACAAGUUAGAGCAUGUUUUCACGAAGAUGCAGGAGAUGAGAAACCAGGGGAUUGAGGAUGAAAGCCGAUAUGAGAAGUACUUCGCGAUCCUUGCAGAGAAGUUUGCGUGGUACACCAAAGCAGAGGCUGCCGCCAAAGGAUUGCAGCAGGGAUUGACUACCAAGCCCAAAAAAAGGCCAAAGGGAAAAGCGCAGCCGAAGCCUGAGUCGCGAGCACCUGAGCCUGAGAUCAACUUGGAUGGGCAGGCCUCUUGCAGCCGCGGCGCCAAUGCAGGUCCAGCCGUGCCGGGGCGUAUGAUGUCAUCCUUUGCGCUGCUGCUUGUGCACAGCAAAGCUACGUGUCCCGGAGGCAUGGUUGGAAGUGGUCGGGCGCAUGUGGCCGAAGUUGCUGAUAUGGCGAGAGCAAACGUUGCUGACGACAUUCCAUCUGAAGCUUUGCAUUGCUUCGCGUCUCUAGGAUUGGUGCCUCUGGCCAUCCACAUGGUGUGGCCCCUUCAGAGGGGUGCUUUGGCGAGGCUUUGUGUGGUCAGCGGGCAAAGCUUUCCGGUGCGACCCUUGCUAAUGGGUGGCGAGGAUGGGUUCUGCAGCCUCAUUGCCAUGACGCAUUGGCAUCUCCACUCUGCGAUUUAUACCAUGGAUCAUGCUGGCUUGCUCUUUGAAGAAGAGGAGGCCCAGGAUUGCAGUCGGCACUUGCAGUUGCAUCUGAUCGCGUGGCAACACUUGUCGCGCCGGUGUUUGGAACAAAACCUUCUGUUGUACAGGCUGCGACCAAAACACCAUUCAGUAGAUCACAUCCAAAUGGAUGUGGUGAGGACUAAGUUAAAUCCAGCAAGGGUGAGCUCUUGCUUUCAGGAAGAAUCUUUUCUAGGAUACAUCAAAAGAAUUGGGGUUCGUUGCCACGCCAGCAACAUGCUGCUGCGACUUUUGCAACGUUAUAUUUUAUAUUUGAGUUUGAGAUGGAAAGAUUCCAGAGUAAAGUGA